AAAUUCUCUAAACAACCCUCUUUUGUUUCUGAUCAUCGUCUCGAGAAACAAACGCAGAGGAUUUCUCUCGCGAGCCCAAAUCAAUUCCAUUCAAAAAUAAAAAUUCCCGGCAAAAAUGAGAGAAAUCCUUCAUAUACAAGGUGGACAAUGCGGCAACCAAAUCGGAGCCAAAUUCUGGGAAGUGAUCUGCAACGAGCACGGGAUUGAUCCGACGGGAAAGUACGUCGGCGACUCCGAUCUGCAGCUGGAGCGAAUCAAUGUCUACUACAACGAGGCAAGUGGUGGAAGGUACGUACCACGUGCCGUCCUUAUGGAUCUGGAGCCUGGAACCAUGGAUUCCAUCAGAUCUGGCCCAUUCGGACAGAUUUUCCGGCCAGAUAACUUCGUCUUCGGCCAGUCCGGCGCCGGAAACAACUGGGCCAAAGGUCAUUACACCGAGGGAGCCGAAUUGAUCGAUUCCGUGCUCGACGUUGUCAGAAAGGAGGCUGAGAAUUGCGACUGCUUGCAGGGUAACAAUCAUUCAUUCUCUCCCUCGAUUCGAGGGUUUCAAGUUUGCCACUCAUUGGGUGGAGGAACUGGCUCUGGAAUGGGAACACUUCUUAUCUCCAAGAUAAGGGAAGAGUAUCCAGAUCGUAUGAUGCUCACGUUUUCAGUAUUCCCAUCUCCUAAAGUCUCUGACACAGUCGUGGAGCCGUACAACGCUACUCUCUCCGUGCACCAGCUUGUCGAGAACGCUGACGAAUGUAUGGUUUUGGACAAUGAAGCUCUCUACGAUAUCUGCUUCCGCACCUUGAAGCUAGCCACUCCAACUUUUGGAGAUCUAAACCACCUGAUCUCUGCCACGAUGAGCGGUGUCACAUGCUGUCUUCGUUUCCCUGGUCAGCUUAACUCCGAUCUCCGCAAGCUCGCGGUCAACCUCAUCCCAUUCCCUCGUCUCCAUUUCUUCAUGGUUGGUUUUGCACCUCUCACAUCCCGUGGCUCGCAGCAAUACCGAGCCUUAUCAGUCCCCGAACUGACCCAACAAAUGUGGGACGCCAAGAACAUGAUGUGUGCCGCUGACCCAAGACACGGACGUUACUUAACCGCAUCAGCAAUGUUCCGUGGCAAAAUGAGCACUAAAGAAGUGGACGAACAGAUGAUCAAUGUCCAGAACAAAAACUCUUCAUACUUUGUUGAAUGGAUCCCCAACAAUGUCAAGUCCAGUGUCUGUGACAUUCCUCCAAAGGGUCUCUCAAUGGCAUCCACUUUUAUUGGUAACUCGACUUCGAUCCAGGAGAUGUUUAGGCGGGUGAGCGAGCAGUUCACGGCCAUGUUCAGGAGAAAAGCUUUCUUGCAUUGGUACACAGGAGAAGGUAUGGACGAGAUGGAGUUUACUGAAGCAGAGAGCAACAUGAACGACCUUGUGGCUGAGUAUCAGCAGUACCAGGAUGCUACAGCCGAUGAGGAAUAUGAAGAGGAGGAUGAAGAUGAAGAGCUCGCUGCUUGAGAUUCUUAGAUCUUUAAUUGAGUUUUUACCAAAAGAAUAUUUUUUCCUCGUAUUUCGCUGGCUUUGAUUGCUCUUUGUCUGUUAUUUACGGUAUUGUUUUGGGUGUAAAUUGUAAUGAAAACUUAAUUGUGGGUGUGUAUGUAAACAGAGAUGAGGUUCAAAUGCUAAAAUGCCAUAAAUCGCUGAAGAAA